AUGAAGGUAAAGGAAAUGUUUAACAAAGAUGUUAAAGAUACAGAUUUUCAUAAGGAAGAAUCACAAGAUGCAGAUUACAGCCAGCCCUGGAGUCCUGAAGCAGCGGUUGGCUCCGCCUGGGCAACUCUGGGCAAGAAAUUUAGCUCCUUGUUAAGUCAGAUUCCACGUCUCUACGAACAGCUCCGAGAGCCUCCAGCGGACCACCCGCCCGCGCCUGAUCUCCAUAGGAACGCGCAAUUCCGGCGCGUAGCAUUCUGCUCCGGAAGUUGUUGUCCCACACUUCCGUACUUCCCUCCAGAGUCUUUGUUUCUGUUAUAUGUGCAUUGGUUACCUCUUCCGUCUGAUGAGUUUUGGGCUGAAGAGGCCGCCGUUGAGGGGGCGUUGCGACGCAGAUGCCGUACAGGAGACACAGUUCACGUGCCGGCGGCGGCGGGUCCUCUUCCUGCGUCUGCCAUGGCCGAAUCCGGGACUCUGAACCUCAAUAACGAGGUUGUGAAGAUGAGAAAAGAAGUGAAGAGAAUCCGAGUUUUGGUUAUCCGAAAACUUGUCAGGAGUGUUGGCAGACUCAAGUCAAAAAAGGGUACCGAAGAUGCACUGUUAAAAAACCAAAGACGGGCACAACGAUUACUUGAAGAAAUUCAUGCCAUGAAGGAAUUGAAACCUGAUAUAGUAACAAAAUCUGCUCUUGGUGAUGAUAUCAAUUUUGAAAAAAUCUGCAAAAAGCCUGAUUCUACUGCAGCUGAAAGAGCAACUGCCAGAUUAGCAACACACCCUCUUCUGAAGAAAAAAAUAGAUGUGCUAAAAGCUGCUGUCAAAGCCUUUAAAGAUGCAAGACAAAAUGAUGCUGGAGUUCAGUCAUCAAAGAAUGCUUCAGAAGAAAAUUAUUCCAAGGACGCUUCAGGUUCAAAUGAUGAUGCCAUUAAGUUACAGCAUGAAGGAGCUAUUAACAGUGAGCAGAAAGACAAAGAAGCCAAAAUGUUGGCAAAGAAACCAGUAAAUAGUUCAAAAGUAAAAAUAGCCAAGAUGGAACAUGGACCCCAAACAGGGGACAUUCCAAAUUCUCCAUCAGAGCCUUCUGAAAAGGAUUCUCUAGCUCCCUCUGAACCCCAGAAGGUACCAAAAAUGACACCGUUACGUCAAAACAAACAAAAAAAAGCAUCCAAUAGCUCACUUGGUGAAAACAGUGAUGGAGAAGAAUUGCUUGAAGAAGAGAAAGAGUAUUUUGAUGACAGCACAGAAGAAAGGUUUUACAAUCAGUCUUCCGUGUCUGAGGAUAGUGACAGUGGUGAUGACUUCUUCAUUGGGAAAGUCAGACGGACACGGAAGAAGGACAGUAAUUGCCAUUCUUCGGCGUUAGCACAAAAAUCCCCCCAAAAGAUGUCCCCUGAAGAGAAUAUACUUGAAACCUGUCAGGGUAUAAGAAACGACAAAAGCAAGCCAAGUACAGAAGCAAGGAAGUUUGAAUCAGUGUUUUUCCAUUCCUUAUCUGGAUCUAAAAACUCUAGAAGAAGUUACAGAGAACAGGCUCCAAAAAGCAACACCCCAGGUUUUCAGCAAAAUGAACCUCAGCUGAAGAAUCAGUUCAUUAAGCAUGCCCAAAGAGGACCCAAAAAUACAGAACAGCAGACACAACUGCCUCUUCAUCCUUCAUGGGAAGCAAGCAGGAGGCGAAAGGAACAGCAAUCUAAAAUUGCUGUGUUUCAGGGGAAAAAAAUUACAUUUGAUGAUUGAUUAGUACCUCUUUUUGUAAACUUUCCAUCUCAAAAUUUUUGUUGUUGUUGUUGUUUUCCAGCCCACAAUUUAAACUCAUAUUGGAAUAAGUCUCUUUGGAGGGGGCAUAGAAAUAAGUUUAUUGUUGUUUUUACUUCUCCUUAAGUGUUCAAGUUAUGUUUACAUAAACCUUCCACAAAUCAACUACAUAAAUUGGUUUUUAAAAAUAUGCCCUGACCCCUUUAUAAAAGAAUUUUGAGUUUAUAACUCAGAUUUCCUCAUUUGUGCUUAUCAUGAAGUGUACUUCACUGGAUUGGGUCUGUGUUUCUUUGCCUUGAAAAUAAAUGUUGAGAUAUAUUUAAAAUAAUGGAAAAAUAUGAGGAAAUUGUAGCUAUGUAAAAUAUAGAUCACCCUUGCUAAAAGUUAUUCUUGUUAGCAAAUUAAAGUUAAGAUAAUGUUUAUAAUGGAUAUACAGAUUAUA